AUGAGAGGUGAGCAAGCGAUGGCAGCAGAUGCCGGUGGUCUCAGCGCGCGAACAGACGGCACAAAUUGGUGGAUAAGCUGCGCGGCAAUGACUGACGUGAUGGCUGACGGGCCGGGAGGGGAAAGCCGACCGGGCGGCCUGGUCUUUGGGGGUGGAAGGAGAGAGACGAGCGCGCUAGAGGAGGGAGGAAGAGGAAGAGAGGGGUGGAAAAGAGGAGAGGAGAGGAGGAGAGGGAGAGGAGGAGAGGAGGAGGAGGGUGGUGGUGGUGGUGGUGGUGGUGGUGGAGAGGAAACUAGGGUUGAGUUGUGA